AUGACCCCAAGUCUCCCAGCUGCGGCGGCGAUGUUCUCGUACGUGGGCUGCGGCUUGCUGAUCCUCCACGCCGCCCUGGCGGGGGCUUCCCUCGCCGAGAUGGUCUUCCGCUGUCCGGGCUGCACGGCGGAGCGCCAGGCGCUGUGCCCGCCGCUCACCGAGAGCUGCGCGGAGAUCGUACGGGAGCCGGGCUGCGGGUGCUGUCCGGUGUGUGCCCGCAGCGAGGGCGAGCUGUGCGGCGUGUACACCCCGAGAUGCUCCAGCGGUCUGCGGUGCUACCCCAAGCCCGACUCCGAGCUGCCCCUGGAGCAACUGGUGCAAGGGCAGGGGCUGUGCGGGCACAAAGUGGACGCCGAGCCCGCCACCUGGAGCCAGGAGCACCGGGAACAAACCAGCGGUGAGGCUGUAGAGCCCGCGCUUGAGCCGGGUCUGACCGACAUCCAAACUAUCCGUAAGCCCGGGAAGGAGACGUGGCUAGGACCCAAGGAGAGCGCCGUACGCCAGCACCGGCAGGAGAUGAAGACCAAGAUGAAGACCAACAAGGUGGAGGAGGCCAAAGCUGCACGGCCCAAACAGACUCAGUGUCAGCAGGAACUGGACCAGGUACUGGAGCGGAUAUCUAAGAUGCCCUUCAGAGAUAACAGAGGUCCCCUGGAAGACUUGUACGCCCUACACAUCCCCAACUGCGACAAGAGGGGGCAGUAUAACCUCAAACAGUGUAAGAUGUCUCUCCACGGCCAGAGGGGCGAAUGCUGGUGCGUCAACCCCUUCACCGGGCGGCCCAUCCCAUCCGCCCCCACUGUGAGGGGCGACCCCAACUGCAGCCAGUACCUUGGGGGACCGGAGCUGGAGCUCCCCGCCAUGCCGCAAAUAUAGUUUGCCCCGCCCGGCUCUUCAAGCGGGAGAAAGAAAAACUGUAAAGUAAUCGAACGCAGAAAACAAAGUAUUUGAAGCAACUAAGUAAGCUAUACAUUAUCUCUGUUUGUACAUGUACGCAGUUGUUUUUGUUUUUAAAUGUCUGGGAUUAAAUGCUAUAGCACAAUGUAGAGGGCGCAUAAAAAUAAAGAUGAUUAGAUUCUUGGGUUAAAGGGGUUCAGGUUAAACCCAUCUGUCCCCCCUCUUUUUCCAGAGAUAUUUAGCAGAGGUGAAAUGGGUGCCAGUGACGUCGCUUUGCUACUUGUGAAUUGCGGCUUUGCUCAUAUCUGCCCUAUUAUCAGUGUUUUGUUUUGGGGGUUUGUUUGGUUUUUUUUACCUUAUGUUUUUUAUUUUUUUUAAAUGAGAAGCCCUCAGACUAUUGUGUGUCAUAGGUGUGUUUUCAUGUUUUAGCUCGCAGAUGACUGUCAAGCGUCACCUCGUAGGCUUCGAGAGAAAUAGCCAUUCCUUUUCAUACAGUGUGACGAACGGAAAUGUAUGAUGUGUCAGUAAUAACGUGCAUUAAAUAUUUGUUGCUAGGAAGGAUAUCAGGGUAGACUGAACAGUUGUCGACUGUCAUAGAACAGAUAAUGCUAUUAAACGAAUGAUCAGUUUCCCUUCCGUUUCUGUGGCUUGGUUUGGGGUGCGUUUCAAUUGGCAGCCUUCCCGUCUGCGACACGAUCUAAAACCCUGUUCCCACGGGCCUAGUCUAUUACCCGGGGACCUCGGAGGUCGCGAUCUUAGGCC